AGACAAACAAAAACCUCGAUUUUCAGCUCCAUCAUCAUCAUCAUCAUCUUCUUCUUCUUCUUCUUCAUCACGAUCAUCAUGAUGGUUUUAAAAUAAGGGCGUUUUUAAGAAGAGGAAAUUAAAGCUCUUUGAUCUCUGGACAUUUGGCGUUUUGCUGCCGUCAGGGCGAUCGAGACGCACGAGAUCACGGGCUCCGUUUUCCUGAAUCGGUCUGAUUGCACCGGGGACGGACUGUACACGAUUGAGUAACCCUGCGGAUUAACACCUCCCCAAGCAUGGCGUGGCCGUGUAUCACUCGCGCGUGCUGCAUGGCCCGGUUCUGGUCUCAGCUGGACAAGUCCGACAUCUCGGUGCCUUUGGUCUUCACGAGCUACUCGGACGCGUGCGACACGAUCCAGUCGCGCCCUCAGCCCGGAGCAAGCGGGGUCGCCAUAGAAACGCAGCCUGGCGGCAUUGAGAGCGCACAAGAGGUCGUUUCUAAAGGCCCGGGCGCGCCCACGACAGCCGCGUCCAGCGAGAGCGCGCAUGGCUCCGUGAUGCGCCAGGACUAUAAAGCGUGGAAAGUGCGUCGCGAGCCGAGCUGCAAGCCCAAGCGCGAGUACCACGGACCGGAAGUGCCCUUGGCCACCGAGACGCAGUACCAGAAGGACUUUAAGCCGUGGCCGCUCCCGCGCAGGGAUCACCCGUGGAUCCCCAAAGCCAGCCGCACGGAGCAGGACGGCGGCGUGGAGAAGGGCCAGGUCGCCGACAGGGUGCAGGAGAAGGAGAUCCUGAAGCGGAAGCAGGCCACCAAGAUGGAGGGGUCAGAGGUCAAGCACGAGCCGCAGAAGCUCGGAGGGCGAGCGGCCGCGGACGCGCUCAAUCGGCAGAUCAAAGACGAGGUCGGCGCCGGAAGUUCCUACAGGACGGAGUUUAAAGCGUACACAGAUGUGAAACCGGUGAAACUCAUCCGAGCCAAAUCUCAGUACGAGCCCCCGGACGAUAAGACCAACCUGGAGACCAGCUACAGCGCCACCUACAGGGGAGAACAGGCCAAAGUGCAGCUGGCUGAUAACAAGGCGCAGGAGAGGAGGAGAGUGCGCACGCUGUACAGCGAACCCUACUUCGAGCCCACUAAAGUGGACAGAUUGAGUCUCCCGCGCUCCAAACCGAAAAAGACGCCAUCUUCUUCGUCCUCUCAUGGUAAAGCGCUGAAGAAGUCGAAGGAGAAGCAGUCAGGGUCGGGGCGCGGCUCCAAGAAGAAGAGCUCUGAGAAGCAGCGGCUGAGCGACAAGGAGAAAAGUAAAGAGAUGAACAACAAACUGGCUGAGGCGAAAGAGCUCGUGCUAAAACAGCAGCACUACAUUCAGCUCUGUCAGCCAAUCCGAGAUAUCGGUUGGGUGCAGACGCUAAAGCAACACCUGUGGCGCUGCGCUCUACCUGACCCAAGUGAAUCAGAGUCUACAGUUGGACGCAUCAGUGAUUUUUAUUCCUCUGGGACUUCUGGAGGAGAGCAGGAGCCACAGGAACCUCGCAGCAAGGCUGUGGUGCGCUUCGCACCUGACGUUAAAUACUGACAGACAGACAGAGACAGAGAGACAGACAGAGAGAGACAGACAUAGAGACAUGUAAUGUUCACUACUUAGCAUUCUUUAAAUUUUAUGGCAAUACAUCAAUAAUAUUUAUUUUUAAAAGCUGUCUGAUUUCUAUUGAUGAUUAGUAUUAACA